UAGCGCUGCUAGUGGACAAUCAAACCCCCGCACCCUCCUCCAGACACACUCGCGUUUCUCAUUUCUUACUUCUAGUCUAAAUUAGACCGCGAGACGCAGGGACGGAGCUGGCGGAUCGCGCAGAAUUAGUUUGACAGCACCAGCGGCAGUUUAAAGGCAGCGAAAUCCGCAAAUUCAACAUGGAGUCCCCUCCAGAUCCAGCGAGCGACCCGGGCAACAGCGCCUCGGAGCCGGCUACCCCGGUCAGGGAAACCCCGGUAAACCUGGAGACGCUCCGGAAGGCGGACCAGCCGGCCCCGGUUCGGAGGCAGACCUGCUCCAGCACCAACCGAGGUAUCUCCGUAACAAAGAAGACGCAUACUUCUCAAAUCGAAAUAAUUCCCUGCAAGAUCUGUGGAGACAAAUCAUCAGGCAUCCAUUACGGCGUGAUAACAUGUGAAGGCUGUAAGGGCUUCUUCAGGAGGAGUCAGCAGAGCAAUGCGGCCUACUCCUGCCCCCGUCAGAAGAACUGCCUGAUCGACCGCACCAGCCGCAACCGCUGCCAGCACUGCCGGCUGCAGAAGUGCCUGGCGGUGGGGAUGUCACGAGAUGCGGUGAAGUUCGGCCGCAUGUCGAAGAAGCAGCGGGACAGCCUGUACGCUGAGGUCCAGAAGCACCGGCUGCAGCAGCAGCAGCGGGACCACCAGCAGCAGCCUGGAGAGGCGGAGCCGCUCACGCCGACCUACGGCCUCUCAGCCAAUGGCCUCACCGAGCUCCACGACGACCUCAGCGGCUACAUGGACGGUCACACCCCUGACGGCAGCAAACCGGACUCGGCGGUCAGCAGCUUCUACCUGGACAUCCAGCCGUCUCCUGACCAGUCAGGCCUGGACAUCAACGGCAUCAAGCCGGAGCCCAUCUGCGACUUUGCCCCCGGUUCUGGCUUCUUCCCUUACUGCUCCUUCACCAACGGAGAAACCUCCCCCACCGUGUCCAUGGCUGAGCUAGAGCACCUGGCCCAGAACAUCUCCAAGUCACACAUGGAGACAUGUCAGUACCUGAGGGAGGAGCUGCAGCAGAUGACCUGGCAGGCCUUCCUGCAGGAGGAGGUGGAGAGCUACCAGAGCAAGCCCCGGGAAGUCAUGUGGCAGCUGUGCGCUAUCAAAAUAACAGAGGCCAUUCAGUAUGUUGAGUUCGCCAAGCGCAUCGACGGCUUCAUGGAGCUGUGUCAGAACGAUCAGAUAGUGCUGCUGAAAGCAGGCUCUUUGGAAGUCGUGUUCGUCAGAAUGUGCCGUGCCUUUGACUCGCAAAACAACACCGUCUAUUUUGAUGGAAAGUAUGCCGGACCUGAUGUGUUCAAAUCAUUAGGCUGUGACGACUUGAUCAGCUCCGUCUUCGAGUUUGGGAAAAACUUGUGUUCUAUGCACCUGUCUGAGGAUGAGAUCGCCCUGUUCUCCGCCUUCGUGUUGAUGUCUGCUGACCGGUCUUGGCUGCAGGAGAAGGUGAAGGUGGAAAAACUCCAACAGAAGAUUCAGCUGGCCCUCCAGCACGUCCUGCAGAAGAACCACAGAGAGGACGGUAUACUUACAAAGUUGAUAUGCAAAGUGUCGACGCUGCGAGCGCUGUGCAGUAGGCAUACAGAGAAGCUUACGGCUUUCAAAGCAAUAUAUCCAGACAUUGUGCGUGCCCACUUCCCCCCCUUAUACAAGGAGCUGUUUGGAUCAGACUUUGAGCAGUCCAUGCCCGUUGACGGGUAGCAGCCCUGCCAGGUGCCACUGUGCCCACCGUAGGGGAAUGUGGAGGAGGAAUCUGAGACACUUUAUUGGUGCCCUGCACAAAACCAGAGCGGACAGAUGGCACGCUGUUCAACUUCUUCUUUUACUUUGAAGGGGAGGGCUUAGGGAGUUGAUUAUUAAGGUUUACUUUAUUGAGUUUAGUUCUCUUUUGGAAGGCUUGUGGGACCCGACACCCCGCGGGACAUGAAGAGAUUGGGACAAAUGGUUUCUGUGUGGUUGAACUUGACCCUAUUUUGCGCAUUUCUGUGAUUCACUUGUUAUUCAAGCGUCGUUUUGGCAUCGACCUUAUCUUUUACCUGUGCAUCUGACUUGUACGUACAUAAACAAUUAACAAAGCACUUUGGGAAAUAAAAAAUAGCCCAAGACAUCAGUAUUAUUUGUCCCCCUGUCUCCCCCAUAGUGAAAUUAACUGCUGACAAAUGUGCACAUUUUGGUCAAGUUCAGCCCUUUUUCUGUUGUGUUCAGUCGUACCGUUUGGAUGCCGUUCUUGGAAUGAAAACUCACAGCGACUUUGAGGGAGGGUCUGUCGGCAUGGUGAUGCAAUCGACACCUCUCUGUGGACAAUCGUUUUAAAAAAAGAAAAGAAAAAAACACAUAGAAUUCUGGUAAUUCUAAUGAAAACGCAAUGAUUUUAGCUGUCAAAGACUCCAUCCACCAUUGUUGCAUAGUGAAAUCAUGUAAGGCCAUCUGCUAUUAAUCCUUCUCUGGACAGGUGCCCUGGAGAAGGGCACCAACACAAUGAAAAGGGUCCAUUCCACCUGUUUUAUAAUGUACUACAGGGUAUAUGGUCAUAAGUACUUACUAUACAGAAAAAAAAUAAAUGUUUAUAGAAUCUAUUUUAAAUAACAUGUACGAUAUUGGUAGUUAGACCAUUCUUAAUUGUUGAAUUGAUAAGGCACUUUUCUUUACACCUUUCUUUAAUUUAAGACGUGUAUAUUUACCUAGUGAUGUGUUGCAUGUGCACAAGAAAUACAAGUUGAACCACAGAGGCUGCAGAGGACACCGGCCUGUUAGGAUUGCUGGCGAGGCUGCCGCUGAGUGAACAAAGAGGCUUGGAUGAGAACGCAGGUUAGAGGAGCUUUUACCUCAUCAACGGACUUCAUCCUUUUAGUCAGAAUGAACUCUUUUGUGACCUUUUGUUAUGAACUGACCCGAGUUGAACAGCUAGAAAAAGCAAGCGAGAGACUAAGGAGGAUGUUGUUUGGUGAGGCACAGGUAUUAUGUAAAGAAGGACACAAGAAGACAGAAAUUAGACAACCCGGCCAGGUUUUAGAGACUAUAACACAAUUGUUCCAUCUAGUGGAAAGUGAAGAUACAGCAAGCAAGUUGACAGCCUGCUGACAAAGAUUUAACUUCUAACCUAAAAGCACAUCCAUGAGCCACUGUCCCAACUUCUCCGCUUUGUUUUGCUGUUAUUUUUGAGAGACUUCAUCUGCCUUCUCACCACAGCCUCGGCCUCGGCAACGCCCCAACAGGACAUAAAGGAACAGUGAAGGGAAAGGGAAUAUUCAAAGCCUUGUCUGGUAGUAAAGCUUCUAUUUUUGUAACACGUUUUGGUCUAAAAAACUCUUGAAAGAGAACGAGGGAGAGGAAAAGAUGUCAGGUAGCACUUAGCAACUAUAUUCCUGCAAUAAUUAGACUAGCUGUUGUUUGUACGAUUAGGGGAGAAACAUACGGUAGGACAAGUGCUAUUUUCAGAAUGCUUUGUUGUUGUGCUUCUGUUUUGUUGAGUGUGUCUUUCUCGUCAGUGUGGUAGUAAAGUAAACCCUAGAUGUGCCAAACGGUAGUCGUUGCUUCCCCUUUCCAGUCUACUCGUCUGUAACGUAGAAUGGAUUCCUAAGACAUUCCAGCAAUCUCAGUAGCGGCUUCUAGAAAUAUCUUUAAAGAAACAACAACAAAAAAAAAGAAAAGGAAAAAAUAAUAUCCCUUUAGAAACCCAACAAAGCAUGUUGAUGCAUCUGUCACCAACCGUAACAUAGAAUCCAGUUGUUUGUCUUUUGUUUGCACACGAUCAUUCCUCAGCCGUGCAAUUUGUACUAGGCGUUAACGCCUUGUGCUGUCACCCCUCAGGGAAGAGUUUCUUUCGCGCUUUCUGUUUGAGAGGACAUUUAUUUGUACUCAUUAGUUUGUGUUGCGUGUGUUGUUUUGUUGUCAGGGAUGAUUUCUCAUUUGAAUAUUCAAGCAAAUUUUACAUUAUCGACGUCCUGAAGGGGCCCCCAGCCACGCGAAGACCCCUGCGUCCCUUUGGUCAAACUCAAGAAAAAAACAAAGAACACUCAUUUAUGUAAACAACAAAACCCAUCACUUUUAGAAAGCGCAAUUUUAUCAGCACACAGCAUAUUCCUGUCAAACAAAAAAAAAAAUCUGUUUUGGUUUCAAACGGUGUCAUCAGGGUCUUUAAAAAUGAUAACCCUCUUUGUUAGAAAAACCAAAUAUUCUUAUGCAAUACUAAAUCUGUUGUGUUUGGGUUGUAGUAGAUAUGCUGUACCGAAGUAAUAAUCUCUCUUCUGAUCCAAGGCUGUUUGGAUAUGCACAAGCCCUCUACGACUAGCACACCUCAGUCUCCCAGCAAAA